UUAGACCUAGAUAUAAUACAAUUUAAUACAUACAAUAAAUUAUUAUUGAAUAAUAACUUUAAAUUGUUCUUUUAAACUAUAGGCUACUUGAUUAUCGAUUUAGGCCAAGUUAAUUAAAAUCUAUAUUUCUUUUAGGCUAAGCUAAUUACCUAUUCUUAUUUAAUAUAAGACUAUUUCAGCUAACAAGAUCUAUAUAGCUUACUGAAUUGACGCAAAAACAAGGUUGAUAAGUCAAUUCACAAAAUAUAGACAUUCAAGUAGAAAGCGUAAAUGUACCGAAAGGCUUAUUAAUAAUUAUUAUGGUUGCAAAUGGUUGUAGCCUACUGUUGGUAUUAUUUCGAUUUUUUUAAAAGUCAUUUUAAAAUCACUUUUCUUUCAAGUUAUCUCUGCAAUAUAGAAGUUCCUAUAAAUCCUAUUUAUGUAUCGCUCUACUGUAACUGCAGCUGAUGUUCCAGACAUAGUUACAAAAGUAUACAAUCUCAAUGUUAAAGUUGUUCAAGAACUGACUAGUUAUGAUGACCACAAUUUCUAUGUCCAAGAUGUCUCUGUGGUAUCUGACAAUACCACCCAUGGAUAUGUCUUGAAAAUUCUUAACUCUUUAGAUUCACAGAAUCCAGAUAUCAUUGAAUUACAAACUCAAAUAAUGUUACACAUGAAGAAUGUUGGAUACCCUACACCUGGAGUUAUACCAUGCAAAGAUGGUCAGCUUUUAAAACUUAUGUCAUUACCAGCAAGGAAAAACCAAAAUGGUACAGAGAGCACAUCCAACUUUAUUGUACGUUUGUUUACUUUUCUUCCUGGGCUUCCUUUAGAUCAUGUCAAGCUUACACUUAACAUCUGCUUCCAAAUUGGUUGGUUUGCAGGAAGAAUGGACAUAGUCUUGAAGGAUUUUUGUCUUGUAGACAAGCCACAAGUGGGCAAAAUGAAAAGAAAAUGGAACAUGUCAGAGAUUCCAAAUUUACGAAGUAAAGUUCAUUCAGUAACAAGUUCAGAGAUGAAAAGUGUGGUCAUAGAAGUUAUUGAACAAUUUGAGACUCAAAUUUUAACUUGUCAACAUAUGUUUUCUAAAGGUUUGAUUCAUGGUGAUUUUAACGAGUGCAAUAUAAUAGUCAGUGAAAACAGUCAUUUUCCCAUAGAGGAGCAAUACAGCUCACCUGCAAAUAGCUUUACUUCAAUGGCUACCAAGUGUCAAGAUGAAGGCAAAGGUUAUAAUAUUUCUGGAAUCAUAGACUUUGGCGAUACUACAUAUUCUCUUUACAUUUUUGAAAUAGCCAUAGCCAUGACUUAUGUGAUGUUAAACCAGCACAACCUAUCUCCAACUGCAGCAGCUGGCCAUGUCCUAGCAGGUUACUUGUCACAUAUAACAGUAUCCCAGAUAGAGCUACAACACCUGAGGCUGUGUAUCUGUGCUCGGCUGGUACAGUCCAUUGUGAUGGGUUACUUUACUUUCUCUGAAGAUCCCAGUAAUAGGUAUAUACUAACUCAUGCUUCCAGAGCUUGGCCUUUAUUAAAUACACUGUGGCAGAUGUCUGAUUCUACACUACUGCAACUACUAAAUGUUCCAAAUCACUUAAGUUAAAGCAAUUAACAUUUAACAUUGUGAACUGCAAUCUUGAAUUAAAGAUAAUUUAAAAAAAAAAA